UUUCCUCCCUCUCGCUUCCUCAUUCCCGUUUGGGCCGGCCUUCAGGCGACAUUGAGGAGUGAAGUUGGCUGCGCCCGUGACGUCAGAGGGCGCCAAGGAAUUUCAGUUCAAAUGAGUCAGGGGGAAUAUUUGUACAAACGGCGACGAAAGGCGAAGAAAGACUUGAAGUUGUCGACAUAACCUCCUCCCCUCUCUCUAACCUCAACGAACCACGUGAUCCAUUCAGUGAGCCUAAAGUCAACAGCGUAGUGGUCUCAGUUUCUCUUUUUUUCUUCAUUUAAUAAGGCCCAAUUAACACGGUCAAAGCGUAAUUUUUCACUCAGUGUUCAUUCUGUCGUCUUCAAGUGAAUAAUUGGAAUGAAAAUAUCUUCAUUAAUGGUCCAUUCACCAACCGAACAAUUGAGGUGCAAUAAAAUUCUGACGCAUGAUUGUUUGAUUGUUGUUUGUUGAUGAAAAAUGUCGAACUCUGACACUGGUGAGGGUUGCAUCAGUGAGGUUACACUGGCUAUUAGUAAAGCAAGGGGUUCUCAUAAUCAGGCAGGUGCCAGAAGGAUACUGGAUAGUCCUGACUCUGAUGAAUCUGGGAGAUCUCAAUCCUUCACCGUUCAGAGCUAUGAUUACACGGAUAAUGGAUCCCCGAAUCAUAAUAUUGGCCUUCCCGAUGGUGCCUCUACUCCUAUCACCUCCGAUGACCUGAGAAUACCCAUCGUUGGGUACGAAGUCAUGGAGGAACGAGCUAGAUUUACGGUGUACAAACUGCGAGUCGAGUUGAAAAACGGUGAUUGCUGGUUCGUCUUCCGCAGAUACACGGACUUUGUGCGAUUAUUAUCCCAGUUACGAAGGCAGAAGCUUCAAAUAGCCUAUUUAUCUUUACCGCGAAAGAAAUGGAUUGGAGAUAACUUUGCCCCGACUUUCCUCGAGGAGAGAAUUCGAGGACUCCAGGUGUUUGUCAAUAAUCUUCUUGGGAAUGCAGUGCUAAUCAGUAACAAGAGUGUUCGAGAGUUUUUCUGUCUCGAUGAGCCACCAGCGUUGUCUGACACUGCUGAAGAAGCACGCGCAAUAUUUGAAGCUUUAGAGGAUACAAUCUAUCACUUGAGGCAGCAACUGAGGGAGAGGGAUGCCGAGUUGGCAGCUGAACGAACUAUUUCAAAUGAACUUAGAACUAGAGCUCGGCGAAUAAUAAGUGAAAAGCAGCAGUGCUCAAAAUGUGGUGCCUUGGACAACCUCGAUUGAAGG